GCUCUGAAAAGUCAGAAGGAGGAACCUCUCCAGCUUUGAGGAGCUAGUCGAUCAGGAACACGCAGAGCUAGAGGAAAGGAGUGGGAGAGAAAACACUGACAUUGGCUGCUGAGGACGAACUGGCAGGCAAUAAAUACUCCCCAAUGAUCACAGCUGACUUGGUGGCAGGAUGGAUGAAGUGACGGAGCCGACUGAGCUAUGAAAGCAGGAGCCGACAUGAGGAUUGCUGGGAAGACUCUGUGUGUUUUUGUGAUGCUCAUGAUCACCAAGCUCAUAAGAACAGCAGGGAACAAUGAAGUGCUUGUGACUGUAGGCAACAGCUCUGUGCUCACUUGCUCUCCCAAAACAAAUAUAACUAUGGUAACGUGGAAAAUAAACCCCAAGGCUGGAGGCUCCUGCACCUUGGGAUACAGGGCUGAUCUGAACAAGACAGACAGAACAAACUGCAGUGACAACAUGAACUGGAAAUUCAGACCAGACCGAGAUCCUGCCCUUGAGAUACGGCAAGUGGGAAGAGCCCAUGAGGGAAUUUACACCUGUGAAGUAGUAGCAACAGAAGGGAAUUUUCACAAGACCCACCACCUGACUGUGCAGGUUCCCCCGAGGCUGACCCUGUACUGUGCCGGCCAUGGGAGCCCCGUGUGCGAGGCAGUAGCAGGGAAGCCACCUGCUCAGAUCUCCUGGGUCCCACAGAACAACUCCACCUCCAGGGAAGAAGGCCAUGUUGAUGGGACAGUGACUGUUGUCAGCAUGUUCACAGCAUCCAGCACCAACAUGACUUACACAACCUGCAUUGUAUCCCACCCAGCUGGGAACCAGAGCAAGUCCAUAGCCUGUGGGCCCUCAAACAACAAUGGCUUCAUCGUGCUCAUCUCCAUCAUUCUUUGUUUCCUGAUCCUUAUCACCAUGGCUGUCGUUUACUAUCUCAGAUUCCAAAGUGACAGACUAUGCCACAAAACCAAGUCUCCUGAAACUGCUUCUCCUUCUUCACCACAGGAUGACACAAUGGAAGUGGAACCUUAUACUACUUAUGUGCAGAAGGAAAAUGUAAUUUACAACUCGGUGUCUGAUCUGACAGUGGGACAGAAUCUUCCACAAGGACUGUUGCCAGCAACAUGAAUGAUUCAACAACACUGGAAAGGGAGAGAGGCACUCUGUAACACUUUAUAAGAGACUGGUUAUAGAAAAAAAAACUUCUCUGAGGAUAUCUUCAGAUUUUAGGGCAACAUAACUCACUAGGUCUGUUCUAACACCUGUGUUCGCUGAUGAGUCUUGUAUGGUUCUUUUUUUCCCCCCUGUUGUGCCUUCUUCCUUGGAAAAUGAAACAGGUUUCCUAUUAUUCCUUGGGAAGACGUGACUGACUCCAUGCCAUAGGUUUUCCUGUAAAAGCUCUUGUGACCAGUCUUCCUUGUCUUGCCAGACACUUCUAGGCACUACUUUGAUGCACUUGACACUAUGUUGCACACGUUUGGGAGGUGGGAGGAACGCUGAGUCUGAACUAAAAUUAAACCCUAUUCAAUCAACACCUACUUUUUUCUAAUUCACAAAUUACUGGCCUAGUGGUCCUAGUACAUCACAGAAUGGCACAAAUGGGGGAAGCCAUUGGUAGGGAAGAUUUUUAAUCCUCUAAUUCUGAAAAUGGAAACGAGUGAUGAAUUUAGAAGGUCAUCCAUUAACAGAGAGACUUUGCUAGCACAGUUAAUGUACUUCUUAGGUUCAUACUCAGCAUUUACACUGAAUGUGUUCAUUCUGUAUUUCAGAUUAUUGUUAUGACUGCUUUUCCAUAUGACUCUGAAGAUACAGUAUUCCUCUCUUUCUUAAGAAUAUUAGCAUUAAGGUACUGUAAAAGAAUUGUGUUACUCAAAUCCAGUAAACUACUUUUAACAGAAACAUUUCACAAAACAAACCAAGUUCAAAUAUAUCUUCUCUAACUGUGCAAUAGUGUAGAAAAAGGAUAAAAUUCUUGCUAAUUCUAGUCAUAUUUAUUUUAACUACUACAACUGGACAUUUUUUUUUUCAUUGAUAUGUCUACAUGUUUUAUCGAUAUUCUUUUAAAUACACUUGCAAGUUCAAAUUUUGUAUGUAAAUUAGCUUCUGUAUCUUAAUACGUCUCAUGUCGAGGUGACUUCUCACCUUCCCGAAAUAUCCUUUGGGAAUAAGUCAACUAACUUGUCCUCUAUAUACUAGUAGUUCUCAAACCUUUUGGAUUGAUACUGUACUUUCUAAAGUAUGAACUGGCUUUACAGUAAGAGUAAAGAAAUACACUUGUGAGCCUCUGUUUAUAACCUCCUAUUUCAGUGUUUUAAAAGACUGACUGAGCACUUGGUCUGAAGGUAGGAUCAGAAAAAAAUAGAUAUUUUAUUUAGACGAUGGAAAUGCCUUUGACACACAUUGUUAGAGCUUUCUUUUGAGAUAGCCUCCCAAGGCCAAUGACACAGACUGGAAAACAGACUUCUAAAUUGAUUUCAGUUCCUAAAUGUAUUACUCCUGCAAAUUAAUACAAUUCAUUAUUAAUAGUGGUUGCAGUGGUAUAAUUGGUUAUAGUCUUAUUCUAUCAGCUAUGGAACAGUCACUUCUGUUCAAGUGCUUCCUGCAUGCAAGUACUGCUUUUUUCCGUUUCUGUAUGUCAUUUUAGAAUGGAAGUUGAAUAUCAAUCAGCUACAGACAAGUUUCAAAGGAACCUCAGUUUCCAGUGGCUUACGAAGGAAGAGCACCUGUCAACUUAAUCAUAACCCUCUGAAAUUCCCCACCUAAAAACAGGUGUAAUACUGUUCAAUGGUCUUCUUCCCAGAUAAAAACAGUGACAUGA